CCACUUGAAGCUUCUCUGUUCGUAGUAGGGUUGAAGCAGAUUGUACGCCACCUCUCUCCGCGAAGAAACUUUCUCUGCUUCAUCGUCUUCUUCUUAUUCGCGAGCUCUCUCUGUAGGGCAGCGAAAUGGGGGCUUCCCUUCCUUCUAAAGAGGCCAACCUCUUCAAGCUCAUCGUCAAAUCCUAUGAGACUAAGCAGUACAAGAAGGGACUGAAGGCAGCAGAUGCCAUAUUAAAGAAGUUUCCUGAUCAUGGGGAGACUUUAUCUAUGAAAGGGUUGACUCUAAACUGUAUGGACCGGAAAACUGAGGCAUAUGAGCUAGUUCGACUUGGUGUGAAGAAUGACAUCAAAAGUCAUGUUUGUUGGCAUGUGCUUGGUCUUCUGUAUCGAUCUGACAGAGAGUAUAGAGAGGCCAUCAAAUGCUACCGGAAUGCUUUAAGAAUAGAUCCUGAUAAUAUCGAAAUACUCAGAGACCUGUCACUCUUGCAGGCACAAAUGCGGGAUGUAUCUGGUUUUGUGGAGACAAGGCAGCAGCUUUUGACUUUGAAACCAAAUCAUCGCAUGAACUGGAUCGGCUUUGCAGUCGCCCAACAUCUACACUCGAAUGCUUCAAAAGCUGUUGAAAUCUUGGAAGCGUAUGAAGGGACCUUGGAGGAUGAUUAUCCUCCUGAGAAUGAGCGAUGUGAGCACAGCGAAAUGCUCCUAUACAAGGUUUCCUUGCUAGAGGAGAGUGGUUCCUUUGAGAGAGCACUUAAAGAGUUGCAUAAGGAAGAGCCAAAAAUAGUGGAUAAGGUGGCUUACAAAGAACAAGAGGUGUCUCUCUUGACAAAGCUUGGCCGUCUAGAAGAAGCUGAUAAACUCUACAGGGUGUUGCUUUCCAUGAACCCUGAUAACUACAGAUAUUAUGAUGGACUUCAAAAAUGUCUUGGAUUGUAUCCAGAAAGUGGCCAGUUUUCUUCUGAUGAGAUUGAGCAGUUAAAUGCCUUGUACCAGUCUCUUAGCCAGCAGUACACUUGGUCAUCUGCUGUUAAGAGAAUACCACUGGAUUUUCUGCAAGAUGAAAAGUUUAAGGAAGCUUCUGCAAACUACAUUAAACCUCUUUUGACUAAGGGUGUUCCUUCAUUGUUUUCUGAUCUCUCUUCUCUAUAUGAUCCCCCUGGCAAGGCUGAUAUUUUGGAGCACCUUGUUCUUGAGAUGGAACAAUCAAUUAGGACUACCGGAAGAUACCUUGGAAGUAAUGUGAAAGAGCCCCCUUCAACACUUCUGUGGACUUUGUUUUUCUUGGCUCAGCAUUAUGACAGGCGUGGUCAAUACGAUGUUGCCCUCUCUAAAAUUGAUGAGGCUAUUGAACACACUCCCACAGUAAUUGAUCUGUACUCUGUUAAGAGCCGGAUACUGAAGCAUGCGGGAGAUCUAACUGCUGCAGCAGCACUUGCUGAUGAAGCUAGAUGCAUGGACUUAGCUGAUCGUUCCAUAAACAGUGAAUGCGUUAAGCGUAUGCUUCAAGCUGAUCAGGUGACCUUGGCUGAGAAAACUGCUGUUUUGUUUACAAAAGAUAACAAUCUUCAUGACAUGCAGUGCAUGUGGUAUGAACUUGCGUCGGGAGAAAGCUACUUCCGUCAGGGUGAUCUUGGACGGGCUCUAAAGAAAUUUCUGGCUGUGGAGAAGCAUUAUGCAGACAUUUCUGAAGAUCAAUUUGAUUUCCACUCCUAUUGCUUAAGGAAAAUGACGUUACGUUCAUAUGUUGACAUGCUUAAGUUCCAAGAUCGAUUGCACUCUUUUCCAUAUUUCCACAAAGCUGCAGCUGGAGCCAUCAGGUGCUAUUUGAAAUUGCAUGAUUCUCCUAAAUCAGCUGCUGAAGAAGAUGAAAUGUCGAAGUUGCCUCCUGCGCAGAAGAAGAAAAUCAAGAAGCAGAAAAAGGCAGAAGCGCGGGCUAAGAAAGAAGCUGAGAGUAAGAGUGAAGAAUCUACAGCUAGUAGUGUCUCCAAGUCCGGCAAACGAAAUGUGAAACCUGUAGACCCAGAUCCUAAUGGGGAGAAAUUACUUCAGGUUGAAGAUCCAAUGGUAGAAGCUUCGAAGUACUUGAAAUUACUCCAGAAGAACUCACCUAAUUCUCUGGAGACUCACUUGCUUUCUUUUGAGGUUAAUAUGAGAAAGCACAAAUUGCUUCUUGCAUUCCAGGCUCUAAAACAAUUGCUGAAACUGGAUGCCGAGAACCCUGAUUCACAUCGUUGCUUGAUCAAAUUCUUCCUCAAGACGAGAUCGAUGGGUACUCCGACCACUGAAGCCGGAAAACUCCUCUGGAGUGUCCUAGAGGCCGAGCGCCAGUCUAUCAAUCAAUUGCAGAAUAAAUCAUUAGAGGAAGCGAACGAAGAUUUCCUUAAUAGACACAAAGGAUCUCUGAUGCACAGAGCAGCCUAUGCCGAGAUGCUGUAUGUUCUUGAUCCAAGCAAGAAAUCCGAUGCUGUUAAAUUAAUCGAAGACUCUACCAACAAUAUUGUGCCGGCAAACGGAGCACUAGGACCAGUAAGGGAAUGGAAACUCAAAGACUGCAUCGCAGUUCACAAGCUCCUCGUCACAAUUCCCAUUGAACCCGAUGCUGCAUCCAGGUGGAAGUUACGCUGUGCGGAGUACUUUCCGUAUUCCACGUAUUUUGAAGGGAAGCAUAGUUCUGCCAUGCCAAACUCGGAAUACAAUCCAUCGCAUAAGAUCGUUGAGAACGGUGUGACGCCAACCCGUCCCGUGGAUCAGAGCGGAUUAAUCGAUGGGAAACUCGAAGCAUUCAAGAAGCUCUCUGUCUCGUCCACAUGAAGCAAGCGAGCCGCCUCCUCUUGUGUGCCUGCGGAAGAAAACCUUGACGCUACCAAAACCUCGAAACCAAGAAACAACUAUUUAUGGGAAGCCGUCAAUCAUCAUGAGAAGAUAACCUUUUUAUUCUUGGUGGAAUGAAGAUGUUUUGGUGGAGUUUUUUUUUUGUAACAAAAAAUGGCAGAAUGUGUAUAAUUUUUGAAGGGCUUACACAGAGAAAGCAUCUGUCUCUCUCCUCUCCUUUUUUCGGGCUUUAACUUGCAGAGAAAUUGUCGGAGUUCUUUCCUUCCUAGGUUUUUUUUUUUGGAACUUUGAUUGAUGUUGUACCUUUUUUUUUUGUUUCUCUUUAAAUUUGUUUCUCGGUUUCAUAAGAGCAUCAUUUUAUAUGUAAGCCCCUUUUUUGACCCCC